AUUUACUGCAGAUUCUGACGGAUAGAGAGACCCGGCUCUGAUGGGCUUUGUUCCAAGGACCUAAGGUUGGACAGACAGGAAUCAUGGAUCCUGCACUGGGCACCAUAGAGCGACUGAUAGAGAGAUUAACUGAAAUCUACAGCGAAGAUUCUCUCUGUGCUGCUCUCAUACCGAAUUCCUUCCUCACCAUUGACCCAGACAAGGAUAUACACAUCGGUAGAGCUGAGAGCCCCAAAGAGCGAGCGGAACGGUUAUUAAAUUAUGUGCUACAGAGAGGAGACGCCGACUAUCGGAAAUUACUCGGCCAACUUGAAACCCUGAGACCCAGGUUCCCAGCUCUGUCUGGUGUAUUGGAAAGCGAGAGCAAAAGACACACACUGAUUGACAUAAUAAAGCAACAUAAACAUUCAAAGCUCACCCUGAGGGCUAUCCUGGACAAUGGAGCAGAGAAUAUGGCUGAAUGUGGUCCUAAAUCUAUUCAAGACCUUCCCUUGACUCUCCUAAGGAAACUGGCAGCAGUGGAAAGAACUGCAAGGGACACACUUCUAUUGGAAAGUGAUACAGUUUCCAGGGAAGAAGAAACAAUGGAUGAUAUGUUUGGUGUAGAUACUGAAGAUCACGUAUCUAACUCCAUUAAUCCUUUAGAUGUUCUUUGUGUUCUUCUGAAUUGUUCUGAUUUGUUUUUGCAACAAGAGAUUUUUUCAAAAAUGUCCCUGUGCCAGUUUGCCGUCCCACUGCUGCUCCCUGCUGGUGAUGGCCCAGAAUGCACCUUCAUGCUGUGGGCUAUGAGAGGCAUAGUAAGGAGCUGGAGACCUCAGGCAUCAGCAGGGAGCAGGGCUUUUAUAGAGGAAAGCCUGGUGAAUAUACCCAUGCCUCUUUUCUCUUUUGUGAGACUGGGGCAAAGUAAAUUAUCUAAAUCUAAAAUUCUCAAUCAAGUGCUCAGCCCAGCUCAGCAGUACAAUGAUUUCUUUAUACAUGAAAAUAUGGCAGGGGGAAACAUUGACAGGCAGUUAUCUAAUGGCCUAGUGGAAAUAUCCUGGCGUUUUCCUGAUGGAAAAGAGAAUUCCCUUACCUUCCCAGAACCCAUUGCAAUUACAAAUGUGCGUGGAAAUCUAGAGUUGAAUAAAUCCCAGUUAGCCUUCCUAAUGCAGGUCUCAGCCGCAGUGUUUGUGUUUGCUGAGAAUAUUAAUGAGAGGGAGAGUGAGACCCUAUCACAGUGCAGUCAAUCUGGCACAGAACUCUAUUUUAUUAUUACUCCAAGUGGUAAAUGUAUCAGUAGAGAGGCUGCAGAAUCCUUCAAAAAGUUUUCUGCCCUUAUGAAUAUUGGACCAAAAUAUAUACUGAGAAAAGACCAAGUAGCAAAUGAUGCAGAACUGGUGAAUAAAAUACAUGAAAUUAUGAAGAAUGUUCUGGGGAACUCCUGUAAAAGGAUAACACUUGAGGACAUGUCACACUCGGCCACAGAGUUCCUGGUAGAUGAAAUGUGCAGUGAAUGUCGGACAGCAAAAGCCCGUGCCGCAGAAAUUACUAAAGAGAUACGAGAUGUGGUUCAGUAUAAGAAAGAAACACUGAAGCUACAAGGGGAUCUGUGGAAGGAGGUGUCCCAAACUGAGAAAGAAUUGUGCCGGAUGAGAAAACAAGGGGAUGUAACUAUAGAACAAUACAAAUCUCUGCUGAAGAAGAAGCUCUUGGAUUUACGUAACCAGCAGAACCGGCACCCUCUUCCCACAGGCAUGACUUUAUUUAUAUCUGCCAUUACUCAUUUAUCACAGGUAGAGAAACAUUAUUUCCUGAAAUGGAUAAAGUUCACACUUGAUUCCCUUAGCCGAAAAAUUAUUUUGAAAUUGCAAGCUGAGUACAAGGAGAAAAUUACAUCAGAAAUGAACAAAGAUGAACUUAUACAGCUGGGGCAGCAAAUCUCUGACAGUUCUUUGGGAGUAGAACAUUUUCUGCGGGAGAUGGGGCAGUUUUAUGAAGCAGAAUGUUCCAUGGUGAAAACAAAACAAAUCAGUCCAACAAGCAGGCAGUUAACUGUUCUGCCCAAAAUAGCAGCUGAUCUCCUGCUGGAUGGGUUCCCUUUGGAAUUGAUGGAUGGAGAUGCCUCUAACAUCCCCAUGAAAUGGGUUACAGACAUUCUGACUGAGCUGGAUAAGAAGACAGAGGCAAGAUGCAGAAUGAGAGUAAUCACAGUGCUGGGAGUGCAGAGCACAGGGAAAUCCACCCUCCUGAACACCAUGUUUGGGCUGCAGUUCCCUGUGGCCAGUGGGCGAUGCACACGAGGAGCCUUCAUGACACUGAUUAAUGUGAAAGAAAAUUUAGUAGCAAACCUGGGCUGUGAGUUUAUUCUGGUGAUUGACACAGAAGGUCUGAAAGCCCCAGAACUGGCUUCUCUGGAGGACAGCUAUGAACAUGACAAUGAGUUGGCAACUCUAGUGGUUGGGCUCAGUGAUAUCACUAUAAUCAAUAUUGUUGGAGAAAAUGUAGCUGACAUGAAAGACAUUUUACAGAUUGCCGCACAUGCAUUUCUUAGAAUAAAUGCAAUAAGAGAGAAACCCAAGUGCCAGUUUGUGCAUCAGAAUGUGAGUGAUGUUUCUGCUCGUGAUAAUAACAUGAGGGACAGAACAAAGCUCUUGGAUCAGCUCAACCAAAUGACAAAAGCAGCAGCAAACAUGGAAAAAAUAAGUGGAAUCACAGGUUUCUGUGAUAUAAUGGAUUAUAACUCUGAUUUAGACAACUGGUACAUUCCUGGGCUUUGGUACGGUGUCCCACCCAUGGCUUCUGUAAGCUCCGGCUACAGUGAGAAUGUGUAUGAACUGAAACAAUAUUUGUUUAAAUUGAUGGAGAAACAGAAAAGCAUUCGACAACCAUAUAAAUUUGCUGGAUUUAUUAAAUAUAUGGAAAGCUUGUGGAACUCUGUGAAACAUGAGAAUUUCAUUUUCAGCUUUAGAAACAGCCUGGUAGCUGAAGCUUACAAUCACUUAGCAAUGAAAUACUCUCAGUGGGAAUGGGACUUCCGCAAACAGGUUCAUACCUGGCUCAUUAGCACUGAGAACAGUAUGAAGAAUCAGUCAGCAGAUGAACUGCACUCAGGGCUGUGUGUGGGUUAUAAAGAUCAUCUGAAUGCUUUUCUUUAUGAAGAAGAGAAGAAGAUGUUGGACAACUUAGAGAAAUAUUUUGAAAGUAAAUCUAACAAUGUUCAUCUGAUAGAAAGAUACAGAGCUGAUUUUUCUCAGGAUGUGAAAUGUUUCCGGAAAGAAAUGGCACAAUCUGCAGGGGCAAAAGUUGAUGAUGUUUUUCGAAUCCAAAAUCAAAACCGUCAAUUACAAAAUAUCCAAAGCAAUUACCAAAGAACAAUUGAAGAAAAUGUUACCAGCCUUCUGGAAAAGUUCAGACAAAUUGGAACCCAUCCAGGUGAUAAGGAAGUGAAAGACACAUUUGACAAUAUGUGGGAGAGAACAUUAUCCGAGUUACCCAGAAAUCCUUUAGAGAAACGUAACAUCAGUCAGGAAAUGCUGCAAGAAAUCAGAAUGAACAUGGCUAACAGAGGGGGAACAAUAAAUGAGAAGAUUCUUAAAGUAAAACAUUUUGGUGACUUUGGAAAAAAUGAGUUCAAGGUAACUGAAAGCCAUGUUUAUAUUGGAUGGUACUCAUUAAUUAAGCGAGCUAAAGAAUGGUAUACCAAGGAAUCUAAUGAUAAAAUACAGGACCAUGCUUGCUGUUUGACAAGAAUUUGCAGUGAGUAUGUAACAGAAAAAGUUAACACAAAGGAAGACUUUGACAGAACCUACUGCCGGGAACUGAUCCACAAAAUCAGCAGUAGGCUCAGUGAGAAAGAAGCUGAAAAUCUUCAUUUUACCCACGAGUUUGAGUUGGACAUCAAGCUUCAUAUUUUAGGGAAUGCAGCUCCCAGGUUCCAGGUGAUGCAUGAUACAUUUCUUAGAGAAAAUGAUCCCGUCCUCUGUCUGCAAAACCUAAAGCCUCAAUAUCAGUUACUGUUUGAAAAUAUAUUCCAAAAAAAAGAUGAAACACAAAGCAGAGCCCGGCAGUUCUGUGAGCUGUGCCUGAAGCCAGCAAUAACCAAAUAUAUUUUCCAGCAUAUUGGCAAUGAUAUUGUAGAGGACAUUCUGAAUAGCGAGAGUGCAAGAGAAUAUUGCAGCAGAACCUUCUUCCAGUUCUCUGUGCUUAAAGAACUGCUUGAGCAACAGGAUUUCUCUCAGUUUGUGCUGUAUAUUAACUCGUACCAGUGGUUUGUGAAAAGAUGGAUUAUAGAUCACAUAUUAGAUAGGUAUAGUGAUGGGCAAAAGCUAGAGAAGUUGCAGGUAAAUAUUCUCACUCGUAUCUGUAAGGAUAUCAGGGAGGUUCUUCACAGCCCAGAGUUACUAAACAGAACCUCUGUCUCUGACUUUCUGACCCAAUUUUGCCUCAUGCUUGAAAGCAAAUUAGUUAUCCCACAAGAAGCCAUGAAAGUGAUAGUUUUUCAGAACAACACAGAUAUUGAGCAGUUUUCAAGAUAUAUUGAGGAAUUUCUCACAGACACGGAGAAAGCAAUGGAAUCAGAGUUGAAAUCCUAUAGAACUGAAGAUGUACUGUUUAAUGCCUCAGUGAAACCAGAGGAAGAGCUGUUUAAGAAGGUGUUUGGCUGUGGGAAGCAGUGUCCCUUCUGCAAGGCCCCCUGUGAGGCUGGAGGGGAUCACCAUGAAGAACACUUUGCCUCUGUCCAUCGGCCUCAAGGUUUAGGAAGAUGCACCUCUAGUUACUCUAUGAGUUCCCAGUCUUCUAAUCAGGAUGGGGAGGAACUUGAAAAAUUAUGUACAGACAUAUGUUCAACUCAAGUUAUCUCUGAUAGUAAAUUCAGCAGUGCUGAUACAGCAUGGAAAUGGCAUCCCUACAAGGAAUACCACACAUUCUACCCAGACUGGGCCAUUCAGCCUGACCCCAGCAUCACAGCCUCAGACUACUGGAAAUUCAUUUUUGCAAAGUUUAAUACAGAAUUUGCAAAGGAAUAUGAGGCAAAACCAGCGGAUCUGCCAGCCACAUGGCGCCAGAUAACUGAGGGAAAGGCUCUUCAAAGCCUAAGGGAGGUGUAUCAUUUUAGUUAAAGGGGAAGUGCAACUUUACAUUACAUUUUAGCAUGUUAUAGACUGACCUGUACUAUGCAACCUUUCAUUUGAUCAACAUGAUUUAUUUUGCAUGUCAUUUGAAUUAAAAGCCUUCCUGUUGUGUCUUAUAUUCAGCCUGAAACUGAAAAUGCUUUCUGGGAUCUCUGAACCCAACAGCCAACUAUGAAGGGUUAGUUUAAUGAUUCAUUUUAAUUGAUUAUCUUUCUUCAGGCCUUCUCCUAUUCAUCUUCCCUUCUGUCUUCCUAACUGCUAUGUGGUUUAACUAAUUAAAGGGACACUUUACCCCCUUUUUCAACACUGGAUCAAUGAAUAGGGCUUGGGCUGAACAUAGGUGUUGCCUAUUCUUUUAAUUAGGAAAUAUCUAUGGUUUUUGUUAGUUGUCGCUAACAGGGCAACAUUUGAAUGAAACUAAAGCCACAUUGUACUUCCUGAUCCUAAAGAGCAAAGUCGCACAAACCAACAGCCCACUGAGAAGCCUCUGUCUCUGGAUAGAAUAAAGGGAUAAAGAAUUAUAUGCAUAUAGGCGUCCUUGUUGGCCAUCAAAGGGUCCUAAUGAGAAAAUAUGAUUAUAGACUAUAAGUUAGUAAGUUCUAUUUCAUAUAUCCCAUGUUAAAAGGAAAAUGGGUAGAUUUUAGGUUAAUGGGGAAAAAAAAAUCCAUAUAACUCUAAAUAUAGUACAAUAUAAUAUAUAUUUAAUCAUCUAUUAUAGGAAUUUGUUAGUACAUUUGAUAAUACCCUAAAUAUAUAAACUCUCCCCCACAUUUCCCAUUUACCCCCAAUACGAAGUAAAAAAAAUAAUUAGAAAUGAGAAAUGAAAAUGAUUACAAGAACUAUUGCCGCUGAUUGAAAUGAGUUACAUACGUUACAUAGAUCACUAUAUAAUCUGUAGAACACUGCAUCUUGGUCCUUUAUGAAUAAAUAAUAAUAAUAAUAAAUAAUCUUACCUGGAAUUGGAACUGGAAAUAAAUAAUAAAUACCUGUAAUUGUUGUAGAUCUAGAUAUAUAUAUAUAUUAUUGUAAGGAUCACUCACAGCUGCAAUGAAACCUUAUAUCAUUAAACUGUUAUAUGAUUUACUCAAACUGAUGUAUGUUAAAUAUUCUGACAAUAAAUCCCUUUAUA